AUGGGAAGUGUUCGGGAGGCCUACUUGGCGGCACGGAAAAGGAAAAACCGCUCAAAAAAGCAUGCAGAGGAGAGGCGGGGUGAACUUUUAUUCACACUCGACAAUACCGAAAGGGCAUCUUACAACUGUUCACAUCAACAAAACACUACCGUGCCCAAUGAAGACUGUGCAAACUUAACGGUUCCCACCUCGGACUCCGAAGAUACUGCGGAAGAUAAGAUUAUUUGGUCAUCAAAACGAUACAUCCCGCUCGAACUCUUUCCGCAUAUGCUUGGAGAUGAUCCAGACAGACCCCCAACGCAAGAAGAAAUCAACUCCUGCGACUCAAUAGCCAGAGGUUUCAAAUUCUUCGACCAUGGAAAGGUUGUUAUACACGACAAAUUAGAUAAAUCAAAAAUAAUAGCCCUCAUCGAGUUCACCUCCUUUGAUGAUGCAUCUUCUGCGGAUCUUAAGGAAAUUGCCACUGUCACAGACUUCUUGCACUCGAUGAAGCGUUUUGUCAAUGCUGUUGGGUCGGAGGCACGGUCCUGGGGAGGCAAAAUGUUUGCAAUAGGGUGGCGGAAGGCGAUGGUUGCUUUCCAGCUUUUAGGGCUCUACCGGAACAAAGCAGCUAUCACCCGACAUCGAGAGGAGUACGAUCAACUUAUGCAACGCUCACCUGACACUUCAAGUAUCCUUGGGAGGAUGUUCCGGCGGGUUGCUAAUGUGGCUUUCUCCGACAAUCAAGAGCUCAUGCAACAAUACUCAAUCCCAUCGCUUGGGCAUCCCGACUUCGACUUGCCGAUUGGAGAAGACGAUUGCGCUCCCAACCUCACGUUUACGGCCGGGGGAUUCUUCAACCCUCCACACUGCGACACUCAAGACCUGUCAGAGUUUGCAUUCGGCCUAUUCCUACCUGUAAAUAGCCAUGACUGGUCGAUCCCAACGUCUAGAACUCAUUCGACCCUGUCUGGUGGAGCUUUUGUCUUUCCCGAUUACAGGUGUGGUAUCGAUUUCUCUAAACACCACGGAUUUGUCAAGCUGGUUUGGCGGGCGCGUGAGGUUCGACAUGCCACUUUGCACUCGGAGGGUGAUUCGCCUUAUGAGCGGCUUGGGUUGUCUCUCCAGAUCAAUAAGAAAACUGCCACCACCUCUCAAGACACCAAAAGCGGUGCAAUUUUCGAGCGGCCCGCUUAUAAGGAUAUCCCAAAAGAUCAACUCUACAUUGGUAAUCUCAAGACUUACGUUGAAGGCACGCACUAA